UUCUGCCCGUGAAUCCGGGGCCGGGCCGUGAGACAUCGGGGGAAGGCGGCGGAUCGCCGGAUCCAUUCGAGUAACGGGAGGAGGGGGGUGGCGCAGCCCAUAGCGAGCGGUGCGCAAGGAACGUCAGAGCUCGGAAGGGACGGGUCCCAGCGGGGAGAAUAUCGGGGAGGAUGGUGUCCGGGAUCAUCUGCAAGGCCGUGGUGUUGGUGUUUGGCAUGUUGUACCCAGCGUAUUACUCAUACAAGGCUGUGAGGACGAAAAAUGUGAAAGAAUAUGUCCGGUGGAUGAUGUAUUGGAUUGUAUUUGCUAUUUACACUGUGAUGGAGACAAUAGCUGAUCUAACCAUAUCCUGGUUUCCAUUGUAUUAUGAACUGAAGAUAGCCUUCGUUGUCUGGUUGCUGUCUCCCUACACAAGAGGUGCAAGUCUGCUGUAUAGAAAGUUCCUUCAUCCUCUCCUUUCAUCAAAAGAAAAGGAGAUUGAUGACUAUAUUGUGCAAGCCAAGGAAAAGGGCUACGAGACGAUGGUGAACUUUGGCAAGCAAGGGCUGAAUAUAGCUGCUAACGCUGCCGUGACGGCUGCUGUAAAGAGCCAAGGCGCAAUUACGGAGAGGCUACGUAGUUUCAGUGUGCAUGACCUGACUGCUGUGCAGGGGGAUGAGACCUCAGAGAACCGGCCUUUCCCACCAUUCCCUGAUGCCCAGAAGAAACCGAGGGCGUCUGUCAGUGAUUCUUCCGGUUUCGGUUCGUUAAGGAAAGAUUCGGGUGACGACAGGACAGACGAAGAUGUGGAAGUGAACUCAGAGGACGAGGUUUAUUCACAGAAGGGGAUCCGACGGUCACAGAGUGUGCGAUCUGUAAAGGGCAUAAAGGGUCGCAAGGAGAUACGAUAUGCAUCUCUGAAGCACAAACCAAAGAAGAGACCUCAGCUGUAUUUCUGAGUGGACACCGCACACCGCCUCCAACUAACCGCUGUGCUACAGUGAUGGGCACGUCAUGAAAUAUUCUACAUUUCACACCAGCAUUAGUUUCAAGAAGUGUUAUUUUAUCCUCUUAUUUAUGUUGUUUAAGGAACUGUCAACCUAUUUCUGUCCAGGGAUUGCUGACAUGCAACCCCUCCACUCAUCCAUGCAGCAGUGGUACCAAAGGUUGGCAAAGUCCUGACGUCGACCAUUGAUAGUUACCUCAUCAGCAGGGCAGGUUUUAUGGAUGUUCUAGAGUGCCCUGUUCCUUUUAUGGCUAGAAUAAGGUUCACUGCCUGGAUCUUCUUGAGCGAAAGCCUUAAGUGAAUAGUAAUACUUAAUAUUAGGUUUCAUUUUGGGUGAACUGUACCUGGUCAAUGACCAACCUUAGACCUAUGGCACACUGAGGUGCUUUCAUUGCCAGUACUUACUAGAUACAAUCGAUGACUGCCUACUGGCCCACCACAUCCAUAUCUUUCUGCCAGUGACAGUGAUCUGUGUUGGCUAGUGGAGUUCUGCUUAGUAAUCCAAGUAUGGACACUCAAAACACUAUGUGUCCCAAGUCCCUAGGGAGACCAGUUGGGAGACACGGUCCUUCCCUGCCUUGAUUUUCAAAGUAGCCCUAUAGAUAUCAUUUUCAGCCAUGUAUUUUUUCAGACAGGCCAUCAAGAGGGCCCAAAAAAGUCAGUCUAUGGGCGCUGAGUUAGUGGCUUUUAUCGUUUUAUCGUAAGUAUGGCCCAUCGUUAGUUCACUCUUCCAGUGAAGACUUGCACUUUUGUAUCGUUCCGAGGACCAUCUCAAACCUUGAUGCAACUUUCUUAUAUCUUGAAUGAACUUUUCUCUUGUGUUUUUAUAUGGCGUCCUCCUGUAAUGUGCUGGUCUGUAUCAGUAGUCAGAGGAGUGUGCGCAUCAGUGUUUAAUAACUAAUCUUGAGUGUUUUAUUACAUGAACAACCUGUAUAGAACCUGUAUAUUUUUUUUUUUUAACAAGGCAAUAGGGUCUUGAGAUGCUGGAUACCUCAUGUAUUCUCUUUUUAAUUCUACUAAUCGGAAACAGUCCCAUUGGGAACAGUGAGAUUUUGCUCAGUCUUAAAUCUGUGCAGGUAACUGGCUAAUAACUAACAACUGUGCUUUGUAUUGAAACGCAUGGGAAAAAGAAAAACAUUGAGUCUUUUUAAUGACAUACCAAAAAGGCAAUAGUAAUAGCAGAUGAGAUUACAAUUACUUUCAAACACAUUCAUUACUAUUUGCAUAGGUUCGUAAGCAUUUAGGUUACUGAACAAAUUUCAAUUUUAAUUUUUUUUAAUUUAAAUUCUUGUCGUGCGUGUUUGGUGCCUUUUGAAUUUAUUUAUUAAUCUUUGUUUUAGACCCUUUUUUGCGCUGUACAUAGGCUAACUCUCAGCUUCCUUUCAACAAGAAUAUCUUCUUUUCAUGCCUAUUCACCAUUUCUUCUUAAGGACUCUGGAACGUGGAGUAGAUUUCCUCCCUAAGGAAGUUUUUUCUCCCUAAAAAGUGGCAUCAGAAAGCCAGAGGGGCCACCAAUCACCGUUCUAUUCCUAGUUUAUGGGAACUGAAGAAAAAAAUCCAGCAUGUCAUUCUCACCUGGUAAAAGCAACAGUAGCGACACGUCGAUGACAUUCCCAUAGGUAACAAUGGAUGGUGAAUUUGGACAUCUGGUGCCACACUUUUUUGGGGGGCAAAAUGCUUGAAUUGCUCCACGUCCGGCAGUAACACGUUGAAUCAGACGUGAUAUUUUACUUGAGAUUUUAUUGAUAUGUUUUUAGAUGCAAUUCUGUCAUUGCAAUGUAAUCAAGUGAGGGUUUUGCUCUGAUUCGGGAAGAAUACACGCAUUUCGGUCACUGCGUUUUCAAAAGGGGAACAAUUGUAACCAUUUACACGACACGAAACCAUUAAACCUACAGUGGCAGCCAAAGGUACCUUUAUGGCAGCGCUGCAGAUUCUACAGCAGGGGGCAUGUACAGGGUUAAACCUGCGGAUAUUAGGGAUUUUAAAGAUUUUAUUUCUACCUAGAAUUGAGCCGUUAUGGUCGCGUACAGAGGUCCUCUCUGCUGGAUUGUGGGGCACCUUGUAGGCACUUCUGCCCAUUGGCCAAUAUUCGAGACAUCAGCACAAGUAGGCACAAACCUUUGUGUAUGAUGUUUUACUGAGCGCAGUUCCAUUACCAUUACGUCCUAAUGAAGCUUAGGGCAGGGGAUGAUGUUCCUAUUGAAAAUGAAACUUCGGCCAGACGGCAGAAAGACAAUGGCUGCUUUAGGCAUAAUGAGCAAUAACAAUAUCACAGAAGCUUGGGCAAAUAAAGUAAAUAGGCAUUUGACUGGACGUUUGUUUCCUCUGCUCUAACUUGUGUCCCGAGCCAUAGGCCAGAAUAUGGCCGUUAUUAAUAUUGCCUUACCUCGUGCCCAGCCCUCCAAUCCAUUUGUCGUAUUUACAGCAGCCAAGAUGCCUUCACUUGACUUCAUUUAGAAUCUCCGCGGCAAAUUAGAGAGGCUUCCGAUGGGGUUUUUGCCUUCCUCUGGAUCAACUAGCAGUUAGGCAGGUUAUAUAUAGGCAUUAUGGUUGAACGUGAUGGACGUACGUCUUUUUUCAACCCAACUUACUAUGUUACUAUGUAACAAAGUUUGAAUUCAAGUUAUGGUUCCUUCUAUGCAAACCAAAGUGCCUUGUGUUGGAGGGUGUAUCUCACAGUGUGAACGCCAUGGCUGUGCCUAGACAUAAAGCAGCCCCCACAAAAUAAAGAAACCCAAGAUUUUUGGUCGUAUUUUCUGUUAUACAGUGUGUAUUGGAUAGAACGUCUGUAGCAAAGCACAGGGUCACUCUACUAAAUGUCUUCCACUUGGCCUUCAUUUAAUAAACUCCUGUGUUGUGUUUUAGCCAAAGAUCUACUGGAAUGAGUGAAAUACUUGCUGUAGGGAUUAUGAUUAUUUGCCCAUUUUUGCCUCCAUUGGGAUGGGUAGUUUGUGGCCUUCCUGGUUCUCUGCUAGGACCUCCAACAGCCUAUACACUGACUUUAGCUGUUGGUGCAAUGCCGAGAGUGUCGCUCAGCAAACCUUGGGGGUUCACAGGUUCCUUAUCUGUGAUAUAAAAGUAUAAGACACUGUUUGUGUUGCACUUUACUAACUGGGUCUGUUCCAGUGAGCGCAGAGCCAAAGCCUAUAGCAAGUACCUGCAGGCCAACUGGGCCAGGCAAAAAAAUGGUGGGAAUGGGUGGAGAAAUGAACAGCCCUGUGCAACACUACUAGGGAGCCAUUUCUGCUAUGGAGACUCCCAUUUACUGCUCAGUUUGGCUGCCAUGUCCCUCUUGGCUUUUUGUAGCAACAUUGUGACAAGGGACAUUGUACAGCAUGUCAUUUUCUGUAGCCGGUACCAAAAUUCACUACUGUGAUUGGUUGGGAGCUGUUUCCUGUUUGAUUCUGGGCCUCCCCUUGCCUGCAUGUAAUUCCAGCAUAUUUAUGGUUCUGUUACUGUAUGAAGCGCUUGCUGGGAAUGGAUGUAUUAACGGAUCAAAUACGUUUGGUUUUCUCUCUGCUGGAGUUUUGAUAAUGCUUGAACUUUUGUACCACAGAAUUGGGAGCUGCUUACUGAGCACGGGAAAUGCAACAACGCUGGAACAUUUUUUUGCAAAUGAGCCAAAUAAAAUCUUCUAAAACCGA